ACGAUCGAUAAAUUCUCGAAAAUUUCGGGCUCUUCUUCUGACUUUUUAUUUCCUUCUUUUUCUGUUAUUCGUAUGUUCAGUUUUUCAAUUCUAGGGUUUCUUUUUCAUAACGUAGGAACUCUUAGUUAGGUUUUUUUUCUUAGAAUUCCAUUAAUUUUACAACCUUCAAUCGAUAUGAGGAAGAAGCUGGAUACUCGUUUCCCCGCGGCUCGAAUUAAAAAGAUAAUGCAAGCUGACGAGGAUGUCGGGAAGAUUGCCAUGGCUGUUCCUCUUCUAGUCUCCAAAGCUCUGGAACUAUUUCUACAAGAUCUCUGUGACCGAACAUAUGAAGUCACUCUUCAAAGGGGAGCAAAGACUUUGAAUUCUACGCACUUAAAGCAAUGUGUUCAGAGCUUUAAUGUGUUUGACUUCCUAAGAGACAUCGUCGGUAAGGUUCCUGAUCUUGGCGGUUCUGAUGCUGCAGGGGAGGACAGAUCUGCACCUAAACGAAGGAAAGUUGCUGAUGGUGACCAUAAUGACGGUGAUGAAAUUGAAGACUCAAAAAGGGAUAAGCGGCCCGAAAUUCUCCAUGCAAACGGGAGCGGUAGAGGAAGAGGAAGGGGUCGAGGCAGGGGUCGUGGUAGACCAAGUCGAGCAGAUAAAGAAGCCUAUGCAGCAGCAGCCGCAGCUUACGACAAACACGAAACAAAUUCCAGUAUCAGCGAUAAGCCAAAGCCAAACUCAACUCUUGAUUCACUAGAAGAUGCUGACUCGAAAGAGAAUCAGAAUCUAGCAGGUGUGAAGGCCGAAGACACGGUCAAAGUUAGGAACUUUGACCUCAACUUAGACCUGGACGAGAAUGGAAACUCACCCGUUAUUCCGGCAGUCACACCGCCAAAACAGGCCGUUGAAAUGGAAAUGAAGCCCCAUGAGUAUCCUGGUUGGUCAAUGACAGAUGUCGAGAAAAUGGUUGUUGAUCCGCUUAAACUUGCAAGCUUUAACAGCAGGGUAGAUGAAGAUGAUGAAGAUUAUGACGAAGAAGGAUGAUUAUGUUUUUUGUCGGGAAUCCUCGUACAGUUUGGUUUGAAAGAUUCCUUGUUUAGUAAUGACAGUGUAGAUGCUGACUUAUGGUAGACAGAGAUAGGCUGUAGGCAGACAUGGAAGCAAGGGGAAGUUAGUUGCAAAUCUUUCCUUUUUUGUUUUUUUUUUGUUUUUAAAUUUAUUUGCUUAGAUUUAUGUUGUUGACUGUUUUACAAAUGUAAAUACUUGUUGGAACAAUUUCUUAGAUUUUGUUGAUGGUUUUCUUUUGUAGUAGGGAAUUUUUAUAU